AAAUCAGAAGCGAAAACGUCAGAAUUCUGACCGUAAUUCUCAAUUUCAUCAUCAGAACUCACGUUUUGUGCAAUAAAAGUAUCAUAUUCAGAAUCAGGAUCAAAAACUGAGUCGACCAAUGGGUAUUUCUAUCCUGUCCGAUUACUUUAGCUUUUGUCGAAUUUUCAGGUUGAAAAAUUUCAUUGAGAGUUUCGCCAAGAAAUGAAAAUCAAGUAAAAAUUUCGAAAUACCCAUUGGUCCACUCAGUUUUUGAUCCUGAUUCUGAAUAUGAUACUUUUAUUGCACAAAACGUGAGUUCUGAUGAUGAAAUUGAGAAUUACGGUCAGAAUUCUGACGUUUUCGCUUCUGAUUUAGAAAGAAUGAAUCUUUUCUGCAACAGAAAGGAAUUUCAAAAGGAGCUCUCCAUAUUAUUUUUGCUCAUGUAAAGGUAAAUCGAAAACAGUGCAAAAUGACUGUAACAAAAAAAAACUAGAUAGGAUGUGCAAAAACGUUAGUACACUUUAACCUACGUUAGUAAAUAAGUUUUUAAUUUGACCAUGUUAUAUGUGAUAAAGCUGUACAUAAUAGAUUUAGGCUCAGUUCUAUGCGCUGAAUCAGAAAAACGAAACAGCAGAGUUCCCAAAUGAAUAUAGAAGAAAUUAUUCGAAUUUUACGUGCCAGAACGAUUUUUUGAAAUUUAGAACCCUUCCCGUAUUUUUCAAUUUCCUCAUUGAAAAAAUUAGUUCGUAAGGUUAAAACCAACAUAUUCUUGAUCAGCUCGAACAGUUCUAUCUAACAAUAAAAGUAUAUAGUGCUGUAACUUCGAAUUACGCGCGCCUUACUUUUAACGAAAAAUAUUUGUCUGAGAACUAUCAAAACUGUACUUUUAAAAGAGAAAAUCCUCCUUUGUGUUUGCAUUAAACAACCUUUCUCGAUGCGCUGGCUUUCAUAUUGUAAAUAUAGUCAAGUUGUGUUCUUUCACAUACAGGUGUAACUAAUCUUCGGUGGAAUACAACAGGAGUAACAGUAGCUGGAGAUACUAAUGGUAUUCAUGGUACAGCACCAAAUCAGUUGUAUUGGCCAUAUGACAUAUUUAUUGGUAGUAAUGAUAUUUUAUAUGUUGCUGAUGCUAGUAAUAAUCGAAUACAGAAAUGGUUACCAAAUUCAUCAAAUGGCAGUACAAUUGCCGGUUAUUCAAACGGAUCAGCUGGAUUAGCCUCAGGGGCACUAAAAAAACCGACAGGUGUAUAUGUAGAUCAAAAUCAAAAUUUAUAUAUUGCUGAUAAUCAAAAUUAUCGUAUACAAUAUUGGCCUUAUAAUUCGACUAGUGG